AGCAGCUGAAAUUAGACCUGUAUGGCUUAUGUCUCCUCCCAGUUCACACCUACUGUACCUGCAGGUUCUCUGGUAACAAUGUGUAUUAGCAACCCAACGCCUGCAGCACAGACUGUACGAGCAUUCAGCCAAGUAAGACAGAAUUUGUAACUAUGGGUGCAUAUGCCAGUAAAUUUCAUGAAAGUGGAGGCACAAUUCUUCUAGAAUCAACAGAUCCUUCCCAAUCAAACUGGAUUACAGCACAUGCGGAAAUCUGUAAAAUGUCUAUCCCAGAGGUACAGAGAUGCUGGAGCAGAUUUCUCAUGCUUGAUCCCGAUCAUAAUGGUAACGUGAAAAGGAGUACUUUUUGGACAAAAGAUGAACUUGUAAAAAAGUUAUGCCAACAAAUUCCCAUUGUGAAUGAUGAGGUUAUAACAUUUCAAGCGUAUUGCAGUGCUGUAUCGUGGUUAUCCAGUGCCCCCCAAGAUAGUAAAAUCAGAGGGUUCUUCCAAACAUUAACCUCAAGUACAAUGACAAAGGAAUCUCUUAAGGUCCUGCUGUCCAAUUUAUAUCCAAGUGAAGAAUCUAAAGAAAUAGAUGACCUUUGCCAUCUUUUACUUUUUGAAAUUGAUAAAAAGAAUAAAGGAGAAAUUGAUGAAGAUCAGUUUGUGUCCUGGGUUCAUAGUAUGCCUCGUGAGCAAAUCACAUCAAUAUUGAACUUCCCAAUAUUACCGUUAGAAGUGACAACUGCAUCUGAAAGGGAGCUGUCUUCAGUUCCAGUAAAUAUUGAUUUGGAGGACAAGUGGAGAAUACGCGAUGACCAGCUUCAGCAUGUGGCAUCAUUAAUGGACAGAAGAAAAAGAGACUGGAGACUAUUAGCAAACAAUUUGGGAUUCUUAGAAAAAGACUGCAUCUUUUUUGAGCAGAAUAAUUCAAUGAAUAGAGACAAAAUCCUAGACAUGCUGCAGGUGUGGAGAAGUUCCCUUGGCAAGCAGGCACAGGCACAAAGUCUACAGAAAGCGCUGAAACAUACUGGCAACGCUGACAUUGCCAAUGACAUUUUCAAUCUUAAUUUUUAAACCAUCUAGCCUAAUUAAAUGUAAUGGUUGGACUGUCACUCUUGAUAAUAGCAACAAAUCUAAAUGCAGUGCAAAACAUGCAGUAACAUUAUUAAAGGGUUUGUACCAUUUCUUAAAAGGGAUCCCCAAGGAUAAGCUGAUCACAAUGUAUCCCACUACUGGAACCCCUAAUAUGCAACUUAACCAGGAACCUAGUAGCAUAUCGUUCAUUUGCAGUGGUUUUUCAGGAGUUCAGUAUUGAUGAUCUAUCCUCAGGACAGGUCAUCAAUAUCUGAUUGUUGGGGGUCCAACAUCUGGCUGUUUGGAAAGGCCUCAGCACUCCAGUCUCCCAGCUUACCAAGCACAGCUCCAUACAUUUUAUAGCAGCUGUGCUUGGUAUUGCACCCCAUUUCCGUUCACUUGAACAUGACUAAGCUGCAAACAACUCAACUGAUCGAUGAAUGUGACAUCAUUGGCCUAGGAAAAGGCUGUGACACUCACCAGAAUGCCACCGCCUCUUCAAACAUAUGAUCAGUGGGAAUGCUGAUGACUUUUCCUGAGGAUAGGCUAAGGCAUUUAAAAUGUUUAACCUAAACCAGACAACUCCUUUAACUUAUCCAGGAUAUCCAGGAUAAUGUAUCCCAAUUACCUUUAUGCUAUAGCUUUUAUGAUAAAUAUAGUUGAAAUACAGUGAAAUCCAACAUUACUGGGAUCAAAUAUUCUAGAUUAUUACAAAGUAUAUAAAAGAGGUAGAGAGCCUCAAAAAAGACACUGGGGCCAAUAUACAAUAUAUGACUGUGACAUUAUUUUCCUCUUUUAUUCCCACCGUAAGGGGAUAUUCAGACAAGGCAGAAUUGUUGUAAAUAUGUAUAUGAUUAUUCAUGUGAAUGGGUUUGUUUUGGUGGCAAGCACUUGAAUUUCUGCAACCCUAUUCAGAUGAGUAGAACAGUUACAAAAAUUCUGCAACAAAGCUACUGCAUGUGGGUUCCCCCUAAAUUCUGUAUAUGACAUGUCACUUCUUGAUGCAGAUUUCAAAUCUGUGUUGCUAGAAUCAUCAGCUGUAUGAACGUCAACUGCAGUACCCCAGAGCAGAGGGUACUGUCUCUGCAAAUGGUUUGUUGUUUAAUGUUAGGCUAUACAUUGUCAUGUUAUGUAUUAUGCCCAGUAUAGCUGUGUAUGGAUGGCACAGUUAUGGUUAAUAUUGUGUUCAACUUUUU